AUGCCCAUAAUUCUGUCAUCGUUCAUCACAAUUGGCAUCGCACACCUUCUCUUUGCACUGCCAUUGUCAGUCCUCAUUUCCUCUAGUGCUGAGGAUAUCAGGACUAUGGGGAAUGAUGAAGCCAUGAAAUUCCUUCAAGGAGGGCUGUUCAAUGGUUCCAACUUCCAGAACUUCAAGGAUGCCAUGUUUAUUGCAUCUCAGGGCAAUGUACAGGUAUCAACCACGGAUACAGAUGCUACUGCAGUAAUCCGUAAACUUGCUGAUUGGUUGACUCCCCUCAACUUCAGGGCAAUCCACCGUGAUGCUCUCUCCAAGAGCAUCCAUGGAACUGGCGAAUGGUUGAUCAAGAGCUCACAAUUCAGCCUCUGGGUUGAACAUCCGAAUAGCUCAUUGUGGAUAGAGGGAAUACCUGGCGCUGGAAAAACAGUUCUCAUGUCCAUCGUCAUUGACUACCUCGAGCAUCAACUCUGUAGUGAUAAUGAAACUGUCGUAUAUAUAUACUGCAGACACGACGACGAGCGCUCCAUAACUGAGCUUCUAGCAUCUCUGGUGAAGCAACUUAUAGAAAAUACGGACAUGAAUUCUCCUGUUUUUGCUCUGGUGCACGAUAUCUAUGUCACGCACAAGAAGAGGGCAACUCUUCCGAACAAACAUGAGUUCCUAGCUCUGUUGCACAAAGCAUUUACCUUGUUCAACAAAGUCUACAUUGUUCUGGACGCAUUAGACGAAGCUCCAAAUAUCCACCAAGAUCUUAUUUCUACUCUGGCUGGUCUUCCUGCUUCCUUUCUCUUCUCAUCACGGCCAAUGCAGCUGAUCGAUUUACCUAAAGACACUAUCAUUGUGUCGAUUGGGGAUCACAAUCAGGACGAUAUCGAAGUAUUCGUUCAGUCUAAGCUUCGGGAAAACUCGCAUAUCUCACGCGUUCUGCGGGGUCACGAAGAACAUGUAGAUGAUAUAUGCACAAAAAUCCAUAAAACAUCUGAUGGAAUGUUUCUUCUCGCUGCUCUUCAAAUCGAAUCGCUUCGAGGAUGUGGCACCUUUAAAAAAUUAUCAAAAGCCCUUGAUCUUCUGCCAGCUGACUUAGACUCCACAUAUCGCUCCGCGCUGUCAAGAAUCGACAACCAGGAAGGCGACUUUCCUAUCCUCGCGAAACGAGCCAUUACUUGGCUUAUCUACGCCCAUAGACCCCUCACGGCGGCAGAGCUGAUGGUCGCACUGGCAAUAGAGGAUAUUGACAUGCCGUUUGACCACGACAACAUCCCUCCACAAGAUCUCAUUGUCGCUGUAUCGUGUGGGGUGAUCGAAAUUCAACAGGGCAGUGGGGUUAUCCGCCUCGUCCACUACACAGCAUAUGACUUCUUCAGAAAACAUGCAGAAAGCCUUGUUCCUUCGCCACAUGCAUACAUCUCUACGAGCUGCAUUAUCUACCUGACCGCUCUGGGAUUUACCAAAGGAAAAAUCUCAACAAUAACACAGUUUUGGAACUUUGUGCGACAAGGUCGGUUGAUCGACUAUGCAUAUCGCAACUGGAUUUUUCACGCCCGUCAAUGUGGGGAUGAAUCCUUUCCAUUGGAAGCAGUCUCUAAAUUUGUGCUGGAAACUGCUAGAUAUCCUGUUUUGUACAACGAUUGGGAUAUGGAAUUGUUCAAACCUUGCCAUGUGGUUGCGUACUAUGGCCUUCCAAUUCCAUUGCCAUGGAACGAUUUCUGUCGUUCGCGUACCUCCGACUAUCAUACUCCUCUCACUCUAGCUGCCACGAAUGGUGUCGAUACUAUUGUCAACUCACUUCUUUUGUGUCCGGAUAUUGAUAUUAAUGCGCAGACUCAUUCUGGGGAAACUGCACUCAUGCUCGCCUCUGCGAACGGCCAUCAUUCUAUUGUUUUGGCUCUCCUGGCUUGUGACAAUAUCGCCGUUAAUCUAUCCAACAAACUAGGCUAUACAGCACUCAUCCAAGCUAUUAGGAAUGGCCACCAUGCGACUGUCGAUUGUCUCCUUGCUUGGAAAGGCAUCAAUAUCAACGGGCAAGUUGGGAAUGCGAUGACUCCGCUGAUGUACGCAUGUAUGGGUGACGAGCAAGAUAUUGCAAUCAAACUUCUCUCGUUCGACGGUAUUGACGUUAACGUGCGUGAUGGGCGCGGGGACACAGUAAUUUCAUGCGCCAUACAACGUGGUCACCAAUCUAUCAUUGACACAGUGCUAUCGCUUCCUGGUAUUGACGUGAAUCCAACAAAUUUACGAGGGGACACGCCUCUUAUAAUUGCAUCUGAAAGGGGCAAUAUUGCGGUUGUCAAAAGGUUUAUCUCUUUGCGGCAUAUCAAUAUAAAUCACCAGAAUGUCUAUGGCCAUACAGCACUCAUGCAAGCAGCAUCUCAAAAUCAUAAUGCCAUAGUUACAACCCUCCUUUCUUCUCUAGAAAUCGACGUUAAUCUGAAGGAUUAUAGUGGACGUACGGCACUUAUGCAUGCAACUCAGUUUGGUCGUUGCAGCGCCGUUGCUGCUUUGCUGUGUAAUAGGCAUGUUGAUGCCAACGUUCAAACUCAGGAAGGAUAUACGGCGCUUAUGCUUGCUUCUGGAAGCUCCGAGCAGAACAUCAGUACUGUGAAACAACUGCUGUGCUUCGAAGGCAUUGACGUCAAUCUACGUAGCAUCUACGGAGAAACAGCUCUUAUGCGUGCCUCGUCUAGAGGUCACACGGAGAUAGUGGGUUUACUUCUUUCGUUCCCAGGAAUCAGGAUCGAUAUGGAAGAUAAACGUGGACGAACAGCCCUGUUUCUGGCAUGCCAAUACGGCCAUAGAGCCGUCGUGGACUCUUUGCUACAAUUUUCAAAGCGACAUAACAUCACCAUCGGCAAAUUGAAAACCAUUGACGGUGCAACACCACUUUCCCUUGCAUGUAAGGAUGGGCAUUCAGAUUCAGGCAUUAUGAAACUAUUGGACAUUUUGCCUUGCCUCCGAGACAUAGAUAUUAAUCUGGAUUAUUCCGAAGGAGAAACAGCCCUCAUGCACAUGUGUAAGCAUGGGUAUGAAAAUACUGUCAAGGUCCUCUUGUCACACCCCAGUGUUGCCGUCAAUCUACAAAACAGCAAUGGGGAAACUGCGCUGAUGCUUGCCUGCAGAAAAGGACGAAUUGGUAUUGUAACAGCCCUCCUCUCUGUUCCAGGCAUCGAUGUGAACUUGAAAAAUAACCAUGGCAGUACAGCGCUCAUGUACGCCUCUUGGUAUGGCGCAAAUGAGGUUGUUGAUGCUUUACUAUCGUUGCCGGCGAUUGAUACUAAUGCAUGCAAUAACUUUGGAGAUACUGCACUUUCUUACGCUAUAACAUAUAACCAUAAGAUUGUUGUUGAUGCCAUCCAGAAACAUACUUCAGACGACAAUUGUAGCCCAAAGAAGGAUACCUAA